AAGAUCUCGAGAGAUCCCGAACCAAGAACGAAUCAGCCGCUGUUGUCGAGUCCGGGGCUCGUGCGAUAGCUGCAGUACGCAGCUGAGUUGGUUGGCAACAACCCCUCUCCCCUUAAACAACAUCUAAAUACUGUUCUACGCAUUUCGGGCAUGGCGGAAGCAGCGCACACGAUCUCUCGUACCUUAACGCCGGAACAGAUAGCUGCAAUUAAGCAGGCGACCUGGGACGUAUUGCCCCAGUGCCAGGAAUUCCUCACGUCACUAAUUCGAAUCGACACCACGAACCCACCAGGGAAGAAUUACCCAGAGUGCGCGAAGCUAAUCGGCGACACACUCAUUAGACUGGACUCGGAGUACGCUGUGGAGUAUGUCGAGGUGCCGUCAGACCAGCUAUCGACUCUCGCACCCAUGGGUUCAGGCCUCCCACGCGUCAACGUCAUAGGCAGAUUGUCCGGUACUCAAGGGAUAUCUGGGAAGACGUUGCACGCCAAUGGCCACUUCGACGUGGUCCCGAUAGGAUCCCCGAAGAACUGGAAGUAUCCACCCUUUGGCGGCGAGGUGCAUGGCGGCAGAAUGUACGGACGUGGUACCGCUGACAUGAAGGGUGGGAUCGCUGCUCAGAUUUUCGCAGUCGAGGCUAUCCGUAGAGCCGGGCUGAAACUGAAAGGGAACAUCGAACAAUCUGGGGUUGUUGACGAAGAAACGACUGGCGUACACAAUGCCGGGAUGGGCUAUCUCGUCGAUAAUGGAUACAUCCGGGCUGACAGGAUUGACGCCAUCGUCAUCACCGAGCCCUUGAACACAACCAAUGUGUGUUGCGGACACCGCGGCACUAUUUGGGGAACAAUCACAUUUCGGGGCCGAUUGUCCCAUGGAUCCAUGCCUGGCCUUGGCGUCAACGCGCUGCAUCAUGCAUGUUCGUUCGUACAUCUUGCGACCACCACGAUUUCGCCCAAUUUGGCGCCCCUCAGCGAUGCCAACGUUAUCCCGCCAGUAGCGCGUGUCCCAUCUCUGGCGUUCACCAUUUUACAAGCCGGGGAGAACAUCAACUCCGUGCCCGACGUCGCUGUUCUCUCCUUCGACCGCCGUCUCGUCCCAGGGGAGACGCUUGCAGAUGCGCGGAAACAGAUCUUCGACGUCCUGGAGUCGAUGAAGAAGACGCCAGGAUUCGAAGAAUUGGACUACGAGUACAAGGAAGACUACCACACCGAAGCAACCUGGGUCGACCCAAACCUCCCGAUCUCGCUCGUCUUCCGAGAUGCCAUAAAGGUAGUCACCGGUCAAGAAGCCGGGGUCGUGUGCUCGCCUGGCAGCGACGAUCAACGCUUCCCCGUCCAUAGCCUCACGCCGCCUAUACAAUCCACCAUUGUGUAUGGUCCGGGCUAUAUUUCCGAAGCCCAUAUCGCCGACGAGAGCAUAGACAUAGAGAAGGAGCUCCGCGUUGGUAUGGAGGUCAUGGCUCUCGCCUUCGCCAGCUUCCUCGGUGUAGAACAAGCGUAGAAUUGUAUUGGAACAGGAGGUAGUUAAUCAACCUCAGUGUGGCGCAGUUUUGUCAUCUUGCUCAGGUCGCAUGCUCGACACAAUGCUUCUGCUUACUGUAAACGUUGCAAUCACCUGACGACGUUAAACAUUCACAGUGUGACAAAACAUCGCU